AUGACCCUCCUCACAGCCCUCGGCCUCAGCGCCACGCCACCCACAACCCCAAUCCCCAACUACGCGCCGUACGCCCUUAUCUUCAACUUCAUCUGGGCAUACGGACUCCUCUCUUCACGAACCCUAAAACAAUACUACGGACUCGACCACAACGUGUCCCCGCGACAAGACCUAACAAAAUACGGCUCGGCAGCCGUAUCCUCCGGCAAGAUCACCCAGAGACAACUCGACCGACUCCACCGCAACGAGGCCGCACACGCCAACGCAGUCGAGAACUACACGCUGCUCGUCGGGGCUGUCAGCAUGGCCAGUUGGGCCGGGGUGGAGAAUACGGUCAUUAAUCGCAGCGUGGCGGUGUAUACGCUGGCGAGGCUGGCUCAUGCGGCAGUUUAUAUUGGGGUUGAGCAGGCGGGAUGGAGUCAGUUGAGGGGGGUUUGUUGGUGGAUUGGGAAUCUGAGUUGUUUGGGGUUGUUGUGGAGGAGUUUUUCUCCUAUCUGA